AUGUUUAAGCUGGACCCCUAUUCAACGAUCAAGUACCUUGCCCUAGGCCUAGCCAUGGACAACUGGGCAAUUCUGUAUAAGGUACUUACAUACAUACAGCGGCAUUCGUCCAGUCGUGGCGAUGCGAUGCGAUGCGAUGCGAACAGGGUACACAAGUGGAGGCCUACCCUGGGGGCACUGGGGCAGUCCAAGUCCAACAGUAGGUGGCUUUGGGCUGUAAGGGGCGCUUGCCAUUGGUUUCUGACAGGGCCCGGGCCCAAUAUGGCCUUGUGGUGA